GUAUUGCAAAGUGUUACAUAUCAACACUAUGCUCUGUGUUGCAGGGAAGAGUGACGUAGAGACUGGUGUUCCUCUGGGCUACGACAACCCUCACUUCCAGCAUGAUGAAGAUGUGAUUGAUGGUAUGGGAGCAUCGCAUGAAGGCACAGUUCCUAUGGUGGCUGACAACACAUCACCUGAGAAAGGCAUGACGACUCUAGAGAGGCUGGUUCAAGCAGUUCGUGCAGGAGGAUCAAGAACCAACUCUCCCAGACGCGCUGUGGAUGACUCCCACGUUGCUGAACCUGUGGUGGUAGCAGUGCCUCUGCGAGGUCAUGACUUCACUGGUCUUGGCUUCAACAUAUCUGGCAACAUGAGAGAUGGAAUCUUUGUUAAGGACGUUUUGCACCGUGGCCCAGCCUCCGAGUCUGGUAACAUUGCUCCAGGUGACCGUGUGUUGGGUCUAGCUGUAAGCACAGAACACAUGGUACACGAGGAUGCACUCACGCUACUCAGCUAUGCAUCACCCUACCCUGUGCUUCUCCUGCUGGAGAAGUCCAUCUCCGGCAGUGAGCGUCGCCUUCCCAAUGUGACAGCAGCCAGACCAGUCCAUCCCUUCUACAGGAGCCAGUCCAUUGAUGACCUGGCUAAGAUUGGUAAGGCGGAUAUGUGGAGGGUUAGCCGUGCACGGGUGUGUGAGGGCAGGGCCAGUGCUCCUGAGGUGUCUCGCCCUGAUCUGGUGGGCGGCAGGGUGGAACAGCCCACCCUCAGACUCAGUCCUGGUGGGGUGGAGUUACCCAGCCUAAGAGUCAGUCCUGGUGGGGUGGAGCAGCCAUCCCUCAGACUCAGUCCUGGUGGGGUGGAGUUACCCAGCCUAAGAGUCAAUCCUGGUGGGGUGGAAGUGCCUUCCCUCAAGCUCACUGCCGGCCACCCAGCUACCACCCCCUCCAGGAUGGAUGCUGCCGCCCUUGUUAAGCGGGAGGCUCCAGAACGACACUCAGAACGAGCCAUCGAUGUCCCAGGAGCUGUAGUCACCAAACCUCACCUCACAAAACCUGACAUCCCAGAGCUCCAGCCAGCAAAAUCUGAUUCAAGAUUAAAAUUUGGCAUCAAAGUUCUUCCAGACCUGACAGGAAAGGUACCUAAACAAGACGUGGACUUGGAAGCAGGAGACAUGAUACCUACAGAGGUGACUCUGCCUUCCCUUAACCUGCCUCAGCCUCAUGUUAAUGUUGAAACUGAGGUUAACCCUUCCCUGGGGUUAGAAGGUCUGGAGGCAGCAGACAAGCAGAUGGCAGGUGUAAAAUUUGGGGUUAAGCUUCCACAGCUGAAUCUGAAGGAGAGUGAAAUGGAUGAGAGGGGUAAAACGAGUGGUAAAUUGGUGAGUGGGGGUGGGAGUGGGCUGGUAAAUAUGGUGGCUGAGGAUAUUAAUAUGUCAUUGCCUUGUGUUGACCUGUCAGUCAGGGCUGGCGUGGACCAUGACAAGAUAUCUCACGAACCCAAAACAGAUGAUGAGAAACAGAAAGCAAAAGGCUCAUUUGGUUUUGGAUUCAAAGGCUUCAGCCGAGGUCAAGAUUCUGAAGCGGAAAAUGUAGAUGAGAAAGAAACAAAAACAAACGAAAAAGACUCUGGGAAAUUCAAAGGUUUGGGCAAAAUGGACUUCAGUUUUGGCCUUAAAGGCUUGAGUAAAGAUGAUGAUGAUCACACUGCCGCCUCAGAUGAAGAGAAAGUCAAGUCUAAGAACACUGUCGGGGUCAGUGUUGAGGCGCCGGAAAUUCACCUCCCCGACUUUGAUUCUACACACAAGAUCAGACUAUCUGCUGAUGUUGAGGGUGAUAAUACCUUACAGUCAGAAGAAGGAGGAGGAGGUUCAGAUUUGGGAAUCAGCUUUAAAGCACCAGAAAUAUCUAUGCCACAGUUCAGUCUGACGGGAAGAACGAAAAACAUAGAUAAGGAAAAUAAUGUGAAGACAGAGAAUGACAAGGCACAAAGUUUAUCUUUUGGAAUGAAAAUGCCUGAUAUCAGCCUACCAGAUUUUAGGCUUAAAAGGGGAAAGAAUGAUUCUGGAGGAGAUUUAGAGGUUGAGGCUUCAAAGCAACUGCCAGAUAUGAAGUUCGAGAAUAAUGGUAGUAUAAGUCUCAAGCCAGGAAAAGUUUCCGUACCUGAUGUAGAUUUACGAGUUAAUAAUGAAGGCGCAGCCACGAGUGACUUGGACGACAUUGGUGACAAAAAAAGCAAAGGCUUUAGUUUUGGCCUUAAAGCUCCAGACUUCAGCUUACCGAGUUUCAGUAUGAAGAGCCAGAGUGAAGGUGAGAAGCACACGGGUAAAGAAAGUGACAAGUCUUUACAACACCAGGACAAUGAAGGGAAAACAGGCUUUAGUGUUGGCUUACAAGGCCCAGAUAUUCAACUUGCAAGUGUAGAUUUUAAAAGCAAGGCAGAGGUUAGUGGACUUACAGAGGACGGGGGAAGCACAUCAGAUGAUGAUAACAGUAAAAAGAAAAAUCAGAGGAACAAAAAAGGUUUCAGUUUUGGUAUCAAAGCACCUGAAUUUAACUUGCCAAGCAUGAGUUUGAGAAGUCAUGGUAAAGGUAAUGAAAAUGAUGACGAUUCAGACAAUGAUGACAACAUAAACAAUAGUAGUAAAAGAGAAUAUGAUAUAGGACUCAUAGGUCCAGAUGUUGACAUUCCAAGUGUGUCCUUGAAAACAGGAGACAUGCCUGAAAUUGGAGUGGGAAAAACAUCUGAUGAUGGUGGUGGCAAAGGAAAAGAAAAUAAAGAGUUUAGUAUUGGAAUAAAAGGUCCAAAUAUAAACCUUCCCAGUUUGAACUGGAGGGGUCGCAGUGAAGGGCGCGAAGAGAAAGAGGAUAAACUUCAGGACAAACAUAAGUCCCAGAGAGACAUAAGUCUUGAACUUGAAGGCCCCAACGUCAGUCUUCCUUCAGUUAAUAUCAGAGCUGAAGCAGACGACGACCAUCAGAAGGAUAAGAAAUCUAAAAAAGCUUUUAACUUUGGAUUCAAGGGGCCAGACGUCAGCUUACCUAACAUAAGUUUACAAGGUCACGGAGACGAGGAAGAGGCAGUCUCAAACGACGAUACCAAAACAAAAGACAAAUCAAAGAAAGGCUUCAGUUUUGGAAUAAAGGGGCCAGAUAUCAACCUUCCAUCCUUUAGUUUAAGAGAUCGUGACCACGAGGAGAUCGAAGACAAAGAAUCAGAAGAUGGCAGUGAGAGUGACAAGAAAUCCAAGAGAGGCUUCAACUGGGGUGUCAAAGGUCCAGAGAUAAACAUGCCAAGAGUGAGCUUAAAGGGCAGUGCUCAAGGGGAGGAGCACGAGAGUGGGGCUUCCAACGACGAAGAAAAAGACAAGUCAAAAAAAGGUUUCAAUUUUGGAUUCAAGGGUCCAGAAAUAAGCUUACCCAGUGUCAGCUUAAAAGCUCAUGAAGCUGAAGACCAGGUCAAAGAAAACCCAGAUGAAGACAGCAAAGGCAAGGAUAAAUCUAAAAGAGCUUUCAGUUUUGGUCUUAAGGGUCCAGAAGUAAGCUUACCCAGUUUGAACGUGGAGAGCGAUACCCGUGGAAGCGAAGAGGGAAAUGAAUCAGAUAAUGAUGGCGACAAAGACAAAACCAAGAAGUCAAAGAAAGGAUUUGCCUUUGGAUUUAAAGGUCCAGAUGUUAGUUUGCCCAGCAUGAGUUUAAAAGGCCAUGGAGAACGAGCUGAAGAAAUUGAUGAAUUAGAUAAAUCUGAUGAAGAAAAUAGUAAGACAAAGAAAGGCUUUAGCUUUGGAUUUAAAGGCCCAGAUGUUAACUUACCCAGCAUGAGUUUAAAAGGCCGUGGAGAACGAGCUGAAGAAAUUGAUGAAUUAGAUAAAUCUGAUGAAGAAAAUAGUAAGACAAAGAAAGGCUUUAGCUUUGGAUUUAAAGGCCCAGAUGUUAACUUACCCAGCAUGAGUUUAAAAGGCCGUGGAGAACGAGCUGAAGAAAUUGAUGAAUUAGAUAAAUCUGAUGAAGAAAAUAGUAAGACAAAGAAAGGCUUUAGCUUUGGAUUUAAAGGCCCAGAUGUUAACUUACCCAGCAUGAGUUUAAAAGGCCAUGGAGAAGGAAGUGAAGGAAACGAUAAAACAGACGUUGAUGUGGAAAAGGAUAAAAAGUCAAGGAAAGGAUUUAACUUUGGCUUCAAAGGCCCAGAUGUUAAUUUACCCAGUGUGAGUGUAAAAGGAAGUGGAAAAGAAGAUGAAGAACCAGAUGAAGGUAAGGCAGUAAAGGAUAAAAAAGGCUUCAGCUUUGGAUUUAAAGGUCCAGAUGUUGAUUUACCCAGUGUAAGUGUAAAAGGUCAUGGAGAAAAUCUUGAAGAAAAGGAUGAUGAAAACGAAAAGGCAAAGAAAGGCUUCAGGUUUGGGUUUAAAGGUCCUGAGGUUAGUUUACCCAGCAUGAGUUUAAAAGGCCGUGGGGAAGGAAGUGACAGAAAAGAUGAAUCAGAUAAUGAUGAUGAUGCAGAAAAAGAUAAAAAAUCAAAGAAAGGCUUUAGUUUUGGAUUCAAGGGCCCUGAUAUUAACCUACCCAGUGUGAGUUUAAAAGGCCGUGGAGAAGGAACUCAAGAAGAAGAAUCUAAUGUAGAUGUAAGAGUCAAAGAAAAAUCAAAGAAUGGCUUUAGUUUGGGCAUCAAAAGCCCUGAUGUAAACUUACCAAGCCUAAAUAUGUAUGGCCAUGGACAUGUAGAAGAGGAAGGAAUGGAGGAACAGAGAACAAAACACAGUGAGAAUAAUGAUGGGAAAGGUUAUGCCUUUGAAUUUGAUGGACCAGAUAUCAGCUUGACAAAGGCAAAUAUAGAAGUCAGCAGUGGUGCUAUAAAGAGCAAAGAUAGAGAAUUUUCAGUUAGGGACCCAAAGAAAACCUCCAAGAAAGGUUUUGGAUUUGAAUUUGAAGGUCCAGACAUCAGUCUUCCUGACUUCCACCUCCGGGGUCACGGAGACGGAAGAGAAUCUGAUAAAGAGGAAUCAGGUGAUGAGGGCAGCAAAAAACAAGCAGGCAGAUCAAGAAAAGAUUUCCAUUUAGGUCUAAAAGCCCCAGAAGUUAGUGCCCCAAGCAUGAGUGUGGGAAGAUCUGAGGCGGACCUCAGAAAAGUGGAGGUUGAUGAUAAGGAUGAUGACAAAUUGAAGGAUAAAAGCUCGAAGAAAGGCUUCAGUUUUGGCUUCAAGAGUCCAGAUGUUAGUCUUCCAAGCAUGAGUGUUAUGGGUAGCAGCCAUGGAAGGGAAGGUGAAGACAGAGAAUCUGACAAUGAAGAUGAUAAAGAGAGGAAAUUGAAGAAAGGCUUCAGUGUUGGACUGAAGGGUCCAGAUGUUAGUCUUCCGAGUAUGAGUCUAAAAGGUAGCAAUCAUGGAAGAGAAGGUGAAGACUCCAAUGAUGAAGAUGACAAAGAGAAGAAAUCAAAGAAAGGCUUCAGCUUUGGCUUCAAGGGUCCAGAUGUUAGUCUUCCGAGUAUGAGUCUAAAAGGUAGCAGUCAUGGAAGAGAAGGUGAAGACUCCAAUGAUGAAGAUGACAAAGAGAAGAAAUCAAAGAAAGGCUUCAGCUUUGGCUUCAAGGGUCCAGAUGUUAGUCUUCCGAGUAUGAGUCUAAAAGGUAGCAGCCAUGGAAGGGAAGGUCAAGGCUCCAACGAUGAAGAUGAUAAAGAAAAGUCAAAGAAAAGCUUUGGUUUUGGAUUCAAGGGCCCGAAUGUUAGUCUUCCCAAUGUGAAUGUGAAAACUCAUGUAAAAGGCGAUGAAGGGGAGUACAGUGCUUCAGACACUGAAGACACCACCAACAAAGACAGAAAGUCACAAAAAGGCUUUAACUUAGGGCUCAAAGGUCCAGACAUUCAGCUACCCAGCUUUAGCCUAAAAGGCCAUGGUCCUGCAAGUGAUAAAGAGAAGGAAGUAACUGAAAGUGAAGAUAGAAAUAAGGAGAAUGAUUCAAAAGGCUUUGGUUUUGGGUUUAAAGGUCCUGAAGUUACUCUACCUACCAUGAGUUUAAAAGGCAAUGCUCAUGAUGGGAGUGACGAUAAUGAUACGAAUAACGAAACUAACGACAAGACUAAAAAGCCAAAGAAAGGCUUUACCUUUGGAAUAAAGGGACCAAAUGCCAAAUUACCAAGCAUGGCAAUAAAGGAUAAUAGAGACAGAGACGAAAACGAAUCAGAUAAUGAAGGAGGAAAUGAGGAUAAAAAUGUAAAGAAAAGCAUCAGCAUCGGCUUCAGGGGUCCAGAUGUUGGCUUAGAGAGCUUGACCCUGAAGAGCAGUUCCCAUGAGACAGAAGCUGAAGAUGGAGAUAGCAAAGACAGGGAAAAGAAGUCAAAGAAAGGCUUUAGUUUUGGAUUCAAGGGGCCAGACGUUAAUCUUCCGAACAUGAGUCUGAAAGGUAGCAGCCAUGGUAGGGAAAGUGAAGGUAGAGAAUCCGAUGAUGAAGAUGAGAAAGACAGGGAAAAGAAGUCAAAGAAAGGCUUCAGUUUUGGAUUCAAGGGGCCAGACGUUAAUCUUCCGAACAUGAGUCUGAAAGGUAGCAGCCAUGGUAGGGAAAGUGAAGGUAGAGAAUCCGAUGAUGAAGAUGAGAAAGACAGGGAAAAGAAGUCAAAGAAAGGCUUCAGUUUUGGAUUCAAGGGGCCAGACGUUAAUCUUCCGAACAUGAGUCUGAAAGGUAGCAGCCAUGGUAGGGAAAGUGAAGGUAGAGAAUCCGAUGAUGAAGAUGAGAAAGACAGGAAUGGAAGGUCAAAGAAAGGCUUCAGUUUUGGAUUCAAGGGGCCAGCGUUAUCUUCGAACAUGAGUCUGAAAGGUAGCAGCCAUGGUAGGGAAAGUGAAGGUAGAGAAUCCGAUGAUGAAGAUGAGAAAGACAGGGAAAAGAAGUCAAAGAAAGGCUUCAGUUUUGGAUUCAAGGGCCCAGAUAUCAACAUGCCCAGUUUCAAUUUGAAAGGUCAUAGAGAUGGCAAAGACAUCCAAGAUUCAGACAUGGAAGAUGACAGAGUUGAUGGAGGGAAGAGAGAAUUAAAAUUUGACAUUAAGAGUCCAGAGGUUAAUCUUCCGUCAGUAAAGAUGAGAGCUUCUGGCAGUACUGUACAUGAGAGAGACUCUGGUGUUGCUGAUAACCAGGAGUUAACUCUUGAAGCUGAAGAUAAAAGAAAACACAAAGAUCCUGGAACUAGAGAUGGUUUUACAUUUGACUUAAAAGGUCCAGACAUCAACCUUCCUGGUAUUAAUUUAAAGGGCUAAAAUAGUAAUGAGGAAUCAGAUGAUAAAGACAAAGAUAAGGAAAAGAAAUCAAAGAAAGGCUUCAAUGUUGGACUAAAAGCACCAGAUAUUAAAAUCCCCAGCAUAAGUUUGAAAGGUCGUGCACAACGAGAUGAGGAAGAGAAGUCAGACAAUGAGGAAGACAAAGGUAAGAAAUCUCAAAAAGGUUUCAGCUUUGGAUUUAAGGGUCCUGACAUUAGCUUGCCCACCAUGAGCGUUAAAGAUCAAGCACAAGACGAGGAAGGAAGAGAAGAAUUGGACCACAGGGAUGAUAUAGAUAAGAAGUCCAAGAGAGGUUACAGCUUUGGAUUUAAGGGUCCUGAAAUAAGAAUGCCAAAUGUCAGUAUGAAGAGUAAUAUGGAGGCUGAUGUACAUCAAGGUGGGAGAGUGAGCUACCCAGACAAGGCAGAAAUGGAGCUGGGCACCAUGAGAAAUGCUAACGUGAGCUUGCAAGGCCCCAGUAUGAACAUUCCUUCUGUGGAUGUGGAAACUCAUGACCAAAAUUACAGUCAGGCAAGAGGAGGAGAUGUUGACACAUUAGAUGGGGAGGAUCAGGAGAGCACAUCCAAACGAGGCUUCAGCUUUGGUAUUAAAGGAGCAGAUAUUAGAGUCCCAAAGAUAAACCUUAGAGGCAGUGGGAAAGCCAGCAUAGAUACUGACAAAGAGGAAAUCAAGAAUGGUGAUGAAAAAUCUAAGAAAAAUUUCUCCUUUGAAGUGAAAGCUCCUGAUGUGAGUUUUCCAGGCAUGACUGUCUCCCAUGAACACACAGGAAGAGGUAACAAAGAGACCAAGUCUGAUGAGAGGGAACACAAAUCAGGAAGAGAUUUCAGUAUAGAACUUAAAGGACCUGAGACUGACAUUCCCAGAGCUACUCUGAAGGCUUCUGCUGAACAUGGUGAUGUAAUAGAAUUUGAUGAUAAGAAUAAAGAUAUAAAAUCAAAGAAAGGCUUUAACUUUGGCUUUAAACGUCCCAAUAUCAGGCUUGGAGGACAUGGUAAAGAAGACAGUAAAGAAGGUUCAGAUAAUGAACAUAUACUUGAUGAAGAUAGAACAAAUGAGAAAGGAUUUAACUUUGACCUAAAAGGACCUGAGAUUAACAUUCCUAAGAUAAAUUUGAAAAGCAGCAAAGAUGACCGAGAAGACAGAAAUAAACAUUCACUAGAUGAGAAUAAAUUUAAUAGUGGGUUGAGCUUUAGUCUUAAAGGCCCUGAAGUGAAUGUUCCUGGCUUGUUUACCAGCAGCCAAGAAUUCAGGAAGUAUGCAGAAGGCUCUAAAGUUGACAAAACCCAAGAAAGUUUUGAUAUUAAUUUUAGGGGUCCUGAUGUUGAUGUAACUACAAUGAAAGUUGGGUUACCCAGAGAUAAUCAAGUGUUAAAUGCUCCAGAAGUCAAACACAAGGCCUUAAAAUUAAAAGAUGAACACGCUGUAGGAAUUUCUGUAGACAGUCCUGACAUACUUUGGCCGAGGUUCACCAGUAAAGGAGAUGAUGACACCGAAGUUGCUUUAGGAAAGAAACACAGUACAACCCUACGAUUCCAUCCUGCCAGUGUAAUUGCUCCAUCAUUAGCAGCUGAAUCAGUUAAUGUAGCCACUACUCAUGAGGGCUCUACUUACUUGCCUGGUCAAAAGAUUAGUGUGGAUAUCCCAAAUCUCGCUAUUCCAUCUGUUACGACAGGCAUUGCUGAUACUGAGGAAGGUGAACUCAGUCCUUCAAAGAAGAAAGGAAAAUCAGGCUUUGGGUAACUGGAAACCCCUGACAUCAGCUUACCUGAUUGGGAUUUCCAUCUAGGUCAGAAGGGUGAGAAAAACACAUCAUACUUGUCUGGGGACCAUAACCUGCAAGAUGACCGUGAGGCGAUUAGUGUUAGUGGUGGCAGGAUGGUCAAGUCUCGUGCUGCUGGCCUGGCGCUGGAGAUAGAAAAUGAACUUCAGUCUCGUAAUUUUGGUUCUGACAUAAAUGAUGUUGAUGUUGAAUGUGACUUGCCUGAAGCUGAUAUUGACUUAAAGAAGACCAAAAUUGACUUACCAGAAGUUGAUCUACCAUCUGGAAUUCUGGAAGCUAGAUAUUCUGGCAGGAAUAUAGAAGGAGAGCAGCCAGAGGCAGAGGGAAGUAGUUCAUUAGAGAUGGAGAAUGCCAGACUCUCACCUGGGUUUGGCAUGGCUUUUGGAUUUAAAGGCUUUAAGAAACAUAUUGGUUGUGAGACUCGAGACAGUGUAGUCCCUAGUAUAGAAACUGAUCUUAAUUCCAGGAAUAUUGAGGCAAAGAUUGAAAGUCCUCCUAUGACUAUUCCUGAGGGUACUGUUGCCGCUAUGAAGAAGGAAAUACUGGAUGCAGCCAGUGAGGCCUCAUCACCAUAUAGUCGACACACUGGUGGUGCUACAGCUGGAGAUGUUUCCUAUAAAGGAGUUACUGUCACACUAACUGAGGCCCAGACAGGAGUAACCACCUCUGAAAGCAUUCACAUGAAGGUAGGCAAGCCCCCUGGUGUGGGAGAGGGAGCACAGCUGAGAGUGAGAGCAAAGGCUCCUGCUGUUCCCACUGUUGCACUGGAAGAGGAGGAUGAUAAAGUAAAGAUCAAAUCAAAAUCAAAAGAUGAGGAAGAUGACGAGAAGACAAAAUCAAAGCACAAAUUUGGCCUUGGAUUUGGAUUCCGAGGAUUUAGCCGAUCAUCAGACAGUGAGGAGGACUCCCGAGAACCCACUUCUCUCACCCCUGACCCAGAUCGCCCUGAAGUAAGAGACGACAAGAAGAAAACUCGCAGUAAGAUGAGCUUUGGUUUUAAAGGUUUCUCGCGAAACUCCGACACUGAGGAAGAAAGUUUAGAAAAAGUCUCUGAGGUGCCAAUGGAUAAAGAGGGAGAGGAUGAUAAACAUCGACCUAGAGUAAAGGGAGGACUGAACUUUGGAUUUAAGGGCAGAGGCAACCGAAACUCUGACUCAGAAGAUAACAAUGACCAAGAACGAGUGGGCACUGACCCUCAAGCUGAAUCUGGAAGCAUCAAGCACAAGCUGAAACCCAGCCUUAGCUUCGGCUUCAAGGGCAAGAGCAAGAACUCUGACAUGGAGAGCGGCGAGGUAGAGACAGAGACUGUUCGCCGAGAAAUAGAGCCCGAAGAGGAUAUCAAGAUCAAAACAAAAUCGAGCCUCAACUUCGGUUUAAUGGGCUUUGGAAAGAACGAAGGUAAAUAUGAGGUGAGGUCAGAUUCAGAAGGAGGAGAUGCGGAUGAGAGACGGUCACUGGACACUCGCAGAGAUGAAGCACCUCGAGCAAAAACACAAAAGGGACUGGGCUUCAACUUCAGGAACCGCAGUGGAAGAAGUACCUCCGAUUCUGAAGGAAUCGAGGCGGAAGACCGGGUAGAUUACGACACUCGUGGUGGCGACGAGAAGGUUAAGGAACACAAAAGCAAAGGCAUUCGCUUAGGCUUUAAAGGCUUUAAGAAUCUCAAGGGCAAAAUCCAAACUGAAAUCAAUCGUAUGCGCCAUGACAGUCACUCUAGUGAAGAUGAAACAACACACGAGGGCACUGCCAAAGACCAUUCAGGAACUGCUGAGGCCAAGCGAAAAAAGAAUGCAAAGAAAAAGAAAGACAAGGAAAAGAAAACAAAGAAAGAGGAAGAGGUUCUUAAUAUCUCAGAGGAGAAUGCUUUAAUUCUGGCUGCUGCAGCUGCCAAGGACAACAGGAGAAAACGUAAAGAAAAAUCAAGUAGUUCCUCUUCAUCAAGCUCUUCAUCUAGUUCUGAUAAAGAGGACCAGACUCCGACAGAAUUAAAGAAGAGAAAACGCAACAGAGGAAGGAGUCGCCAAAUAACCACAGGGAUGACAGAAAUAACUAUUAAUGAGCAACCUGUUGAUGUUGAAGUUAAUGAAGUUAAUGAGAUGGUUGAGGCAACGGAGCGUCAGGUAGAUGUAAGUUUACCACCACUAUUAACCACUUACACCUCACAGCCUGAAGAAACUGAUGCUACUCCGUCUAAGCGUCGAGCCCCCGAGCCCCCCCAAGCCCCCGUUCCUGCCACUCGAAGUAAUGUUGUGGUACGCGAGGUAAAACUGAAACCCUACCAGCCUCCAGUAGGAGCAACAGAGGUAGUGGAGGUGGUGCAGAGGACUGUGCUUGAGCGACGGGUGCCAACACUCACACUCUACGAUGAUGCCUCCAUUGCCUCUGACAGUGAGGGAGAGCGAGCCAUCAUUAGAGCUCACAUAGAACCAGUAACGUCAUCUACACCAAAGCGACCACCUACAGACUCGGAAGAACUGAAACGGAAAGCAGCUUCUUUAGGAGACCUUUCACGCCUACAUGUUGAAGCUGAUACAAUCAAUGUUAUCCUGGAAAGGGCCAUGUCCUUAGAUCUGACAAGAGCAGAGGCAACAGCUGCCGCUGAUAAAACCUCGGGUCUGCACCGUCCACAUCGUCUUCAGCUUCCAGAUUCUUCUGCAACAUCCAUAGAAGAGGAAGAAGCGGUGACGGUGGGAGGGUCUGGACUGCGACGUGCUGGUCAGUGGGGCACACUGGAAGAGGCGUUACUCUUCAGAAGAUACAGUGAUGGGAGUUUAGCCGAGGCUGUAUCUCCACGAGUGGCAGAUCCUGAAGGAGAGCCUAUAUCUCACAUCGAAAUUAGCGGUUCCACCUCAGUCACGGAUAUCUCGAGUCAGUGGGUAACAGCGUCAGAGAUGUCGAGGAACAGCAUCAACUUACAGCGCAGCAAGAGUAGCGAGGAUCGGGAAGACCCUCCUUCGCUUCCUGCCACCCCUGCGCCUGUUGGCCGUACUACCAUUACACUUCUAGAUGGUGAUGCAACGAUCAUUGGGGGAGAUGUUGAGGUUACACCCAUCACCUCUACUGAGGAUCGUGUGGUGGUGGUUCAAGCACACCCGCCCUCUCCUGAAGAAAGGAAAAUCAGUAGUUUUAGUGUUCAGCUUCGCCAUGUCACUUCUCAACAGACACCUCACAUUCAGAAAAUGGUCACCAGCAGCAGCUGCAGCAGCAGUCGUAGUAGUCUAAGCAGCGACAGUGAAAUUGAAGCUGGAAUGGUUGGUAAUGUUGGCAAGAGAGGAGUGACAGUGACUGUUGCACCCCGUGUCAGCAGUGUGGAUGUUGGUGGCUCCAGCUCUGUGUCCGUACCACCACCAGUGCCACCCAAGCCACGCACCUCACGAACGCAGUCUCCCCCUCAACUGAUGGCAGCACGUCACGAACCUGCGCUGGUCACUGUCAGGGAGAAUGGUGCAGUGGUGGUGUCCACUGAUAACCUCACCCACCUGCAGGGGGGCAUAGAGCACUUCACUGAAAACGUCAGCAUUGAAACCGUGAACAUGGGCAGCGACACGAUCAUUGUAGACUCCCCGGAAAAUGGCAGUAAUUUCCCUGCUUACGUAUUACGUACAGACAUGGCCAGCCUACCGCAGAAGUCCCUCACCCAGAUAACAGUGGAGGGCGGAGGGUACAGGGUGAACGAGGGAGCCCUCAGCCAGACACUAAUCAUCUCAACGCCUUCUCACCAUCAUUCAUCCCCCUCAGGACCCGACUCCCCGCCUCCAACAUUGCAGCCACCUCAGUAAUAGAGAUAUGUAUUAACACUCCUUCAGUAGUGCCACCUACAGCACCAUUACUUGAGAUGUUGGCGAAGCCCGGGCCACACCCUCACCACCGUGAAAUUAAUCAAAAUCUGUCUAAGAUAUAUCAAAGCCACAACUGACGAAUAUAGGAAGUGUGUGGUGUUGACCGUUAUCUGAUGCCCUCACUCUUGUCUAGGAUGGUACACACACAUUCAAAUCAUUUAUAUUCAAGUGUUGUAAUGCAUUAGUUCAAAUUUAUUAUAGGUAUAUAUAUAUAUAUAUAUAUAUAUUCUAAGAUAAUGGCAAAUUUGUGUAGUAGGUUUAUACAUUAAACCAAACCACAGGCUGCUAAAUAUGAAUUAAUGCUGAAGAUAUCAAAUCGAAGCAUUUUUUUUAAUUUCUAAAUUCAAUGAAGUAUAAAGGCACGUUCUCUCCUUGGAAACCACAGCUUGUUACUUGACAUCUUCCAUACAGUUAGACAUAUAACCUAGAGAUGGUUACAGGAUGUGCAGUAUGGAGAUUUUUCAUUAAUACAACGUUAAAUCUUUGUAAGGCUUCAUCUUGUAGUUGAUUGAAGCCUCAUGUCGGUGAAGUGUAGUACUAAUAAGAGUCUCAUGUAUGUAUGUCGUAUUAACCAGUUUCCAUUUUACUCUGAUCAAACUAUUAAGUCACGCUAUUUGCUCAAACUUGCCAUUGUUCCCACACUCAACAUUUGCUGGGCGUGUUCCACUUCUUAGUGGAGUAUUCCACUUCUUAAUGGAGUAUUUAACUUCUUAAUGGAAUCUUCCACUUUUUAGUGGAGUAUUUUGCUUCUUAGUGGACAUAUUACAUGUCUUGGUGGGAACUUUUUUGUGGACACAAUUGUGUCCUUAGGUUGUAGAGUUAGUGAGCUUCACUCAUGAGGAGUCAGCUCCAGUGAGUUUCACUCAUGAGGAGUCUGCUCCAGUGAGCUUCACUCAUGAGGAGUCUGCUCCAGUGAGCUUCACUCAUGAGGAGUCUGCUCCAGUGAGCUUCACUCAUGAGGAGUCUGCUCCAGUGAGCUUCACUCAUGAGGAGUCAGCUCCAGUGAGCUUCAAUCAUGAGGAGUCUGCUCCAGUGAGCUUCACUCAUGAGGAGUCAGCUCCAGUGAGCUUCACUCAUGAG